UUUCCUCUGUGCCUAGAUGCGAUGAGGACUUAGGUUUUUCAGGGCAUCUGAAAAAUCCGAAUUCAUCCUUGUAAAAGGCACCACCGAACCUCGCCAAAAUGACCGAGCAGAUGACAGUGAGGGGGACCCUGAAGGGCCACAGUGGAUGGGUCACCCAGAUCGCCACUACGCCCCAAUAUCCCGACAUGAUUCUGUCGGCGUCCCGAGACAAGUCUAUCAUCAUGUGGAAGCUGACCCGUGAUGAAACCAACUAUGGCAUCCCCCAGCGCUCCUUGAAGGGCCACUCUCACUUUGUAAGUGAUGUUGUCAUCUCCUCAGAUGGACAGUUUGCCCUGUCUGGUGCCUGGGAUGGGACCCUCCGUCUGUGGGACCUCACCACUGGCUUGACCACCCGGCAAUUUGUUGGACACACUAAGGAUGUUUUGAGCGUGGCCUUUUCUGCUGAUAACCGCCAGAUUGUGUCAGGCUCCCGGGACAAGACCAUCAAGCUGUGGAACACUCUUGGAGUCUGCAAGUACACCAUCCAGGAUGAGGGCCAUUCUGAGUGGGCAUCUUGCGUGCGCUUCUCCCCCAACAGCAGCAACCCCAUCAUUGUCUCCUGCGGCUGGGACAAGAUGGUCAAGGUGUGGAACCUGGCCAACUGCAAGCUGAAGACCAACCACAUUGGCCACACUGGCUUCCUGAACACAGUGACUGUCUCUCCUGAUGGCUCCCUGUGUGCAUCUGGAGGAAGGGAUGGUCAGGCCAUGCUGUGGGACCUGAAUGAGGGCAAGCACCUCUACACCCUGGACAGUGGUGACACCAUCAAUGCCCUCUGCUUCAGUCCCAACCGAUACUGGCUGUGUGCUGCCACUGGCCCCAGUAUCAAGAUCUGGGAUCUGGAGGGCAAGAUCAUUGUGGAUGAGCUGAGACAGGAAGUGAUCAGCACAAACAGCAAGGCUGAACCCCCACAGUGCACUUCCCUGGCAUGGUCUGCUGAUGGACAGACCCUGUUUGCUGGCUACACUGACAACCUGAUCAGAGUGUGGCAGGUCACCAUUGGAACUCGAUAAGAGCUUGUCCUCGAAGCAACUUUGAAUAAAAGACUGUUUUGAAAAGAACAUGUAUGCCGUCUUGGUUUCAACAACUUCUGAUACCAGUGAAAUAAUACAUACAAUAAGGUGUUUAUUACAAUAAACUUGCCUUUUUCCUUUUGAAUUUUAUUUCACACAAAGUAGUUGAUGUCGGUGGGGAUAACGAUGUAUUCCAAACCUCAUCACAGCCAUAAUGCAAAAACUAACAAAUACAUGGGUUUAUUUAAAAGCAAUUUUGGUUAAGAAAAAACGAAUUAAAAGUAAGAAUCAUA